UAAGACAAAACAACCAUUUUGUUACUUGACUUUUCAGAGAGAAGUCAUUCUCUAGCCUCAUAUUUAUUGUCGUUUUACAUUAACAUUGAUAUAUAUAUUGUCUUACUGUCCAUUUAACCAAAUGGUUUUAGUUUUAAUGUGUGACAUAUAUGCACCAGCUGUCUGACAGGAAGCCACUUGCAGCAACAACAGAUGAGGUUUUGUUUUGCGCUCUCUCGCUUUCUGAGAGAAGAGGAUUCUAGUGUGGAUAUUACUCAUUAAUCAUCUGAUUUGUUUAUUUGCAAAGAUGGAAACAAGUCUGUCUGAUCUACUCAGUGAUGCGUUGGAGACAUCUUUUCCAGAUUUAGACUUUGAGAAUUUCAAUUUUGAUGGAAAGUGUGAGGAAGAUGAGACAGACAUCUCUUGUGAAAAUGUACCAAGAAAGGAACUCAGAGCCGUAAACCAGGAAGGAAUGGCUGAGACUGCUGUUCUGUGCAGCAUGGAAACUAAAGAUACACGCAUGACUGCAAAUGUUGCUGAAGACCAGCAUGAUGAAGAAAGCGAUAAAGAGGAUUUUCAGGGCGUCAGACGCGAACAAACAGGAGAGGAGGACUACGCAAGCUCAGAUGGAGAUUCAGAGCAAGAAGGUUCCGUCUCUGGAGAAGAUGAAGUCGACGACGAAGAGGACAUGGGCACAGCAGAGAAACCUGGGGAAUUGUGGAUGUCAGAGUCUUUUGACAUUGAGUACUGCUCUGGCAAUAAAAAGGACGGGAUCCCUGCUGAGGGACAACCUCUGGCACCAGAGGAUGUUGAAAACACUCAAAUUAGAAACAAGGAACAAGGGGAGAACGUGAGCAUUGAGGAGGAGUCCUGUUUUGGAAGAGUCCCUGAACACAGCAACAAGAUGAUGAUAAAUAUUGAUGGGAUGGAAGAGGGUGAGCACGAGAGAGAAGAAGACAAGCAAGAGGACACAUCUGGUCCUGCGUGUGAGAGCAUGAGAGUUGAACAAGACCAAAAUAUUCUUGCUCAGGUUGAAAUUCUUUACGGAGGCGAGUCAGCGACAGAAAGUUUGGAGUUUCCAGCAAUAUCAGAGCACGGUCUGCAGGAUCUCAUUGUUGAAGCUGACAGUGAGGAAUAUGUAGAGAAAAUAAAGGAAUUCUCUGGCGAGGAGCAUGAAGAGGCCGGUGAAAGUUUUGCAGAUUAUCCCUCAGACUUCUCUUCGUGUGAAUAUGUAGAAGACGGACUCAAAAAUGAAGAAAGCAAUUCCCAGUCAAGUGCUUUGCCUCAUACAUCUGGCAGGAGUUCAAACACAGUGGACGUGACAUGGGUGGGAACAGAUGAGGACACUGACGAGCAGGGAGAUGGGUAUCUGUACAGCAGAGAUUUGGAGAGGGACACUGAUGCGCUCGUGAGUUUCCAUGUGGCAGUCGAAGAAAAUGAAGGGAGAAAAACAGAGAUUGUUCAGAAUGUGUUGGCCGAUGCAUUUGUGAAUGGGUGUGAUGAUGCCGGCGAAACUGGUGAGGCAGACUCCGACAGCUCCACUGAUGAUGAGGAAUUGUUAGAUGAUAUCUAUCCACAAAAUCUUGAAAACUACGAGACCCCGGCAUCUUCCAUGUGGAGCAUUUCUAAUGACAGUAAAACCAAAACCAACAGAGAGGACUCAGUUGACUUCAGCGUUGACUGGGAUUUUGAUGCGUCAAAAAGGACUUCUGUCCUGUCUGAAAACCUGUUAACCACAGAAGACACAGAUGAAGCAGAAACAACUUAUUCAGAUCCAUGUCCUGCAGAAGACAUCGACAGCUACUCGGUGGUACAGAAAGGUGAUAACAAAGCCAUAAGCCCUUCUUACCAUGGAUCCUUGGAUGAUAGCUUCUUCUUCAACAGUGAACUUGCGAUCUCUGACCUGGGACCAUUGGGAAAUGAUGGAAUCAUGAAUCACGGAAAUGAUAGACGUGAAGAGAAGAGAAGUUGGGAACAAGAACAGGAGAUAAUCAACACUUUCUUCCAAUCUGACGAUGACAGUGAAGAGGAGAAUGCAAGAGAAGUGAGGCAGAUAAAAGUCCACUUUUGUACAGAGUCACUGUCUCAAGUCAUCCACUAUGAAAUUGAAAGUGAUGUAGAUUCACUCAGCAGCUCCACAGACAGGGAGGAGGACCAGAGCUCUACAGAAACAUCUGACGUGAGUGAAGUUGAGGCGCCUGACAAAACCCUACAAAUCAUGCCUGGUUGUGAUCUUCCAAAUACACCAGAGAACUUGCCAGAGAACAGUCACAGCAGCACACAAAUCUGUAGCAGAAAACACAAGUGUCUUAGCAUGCUGAAGUUGAUGCUGAAGAUGGUUGUGGUGAUAGCCAUGGGAUUGCUGAUGUUCUGGUUGACCGUUGACCAACUGGACUGGCUCAGCCAAGCUUCUUUCUAUAAGCAGUAAAGCCAGUGUUUUGCCAUUGAAACAAGUUUUGUUUUAUUACUUUAUAUGCUUGCAAAUGCUAAAAGAAAUGAAUGCAGUGUAAAAUGCUAGAUAUUAGGAACUGUGAUAUACAAUGUUGUUGUUUUUUAAAUAAACAUUUUUG